AUGCCCAGAAAGAUGGAGUCAGAAAAUAUCAGCGCUGCAAAGUUCAGUCAUACUGGACCUCUUGUUCUCGAUGCAAAACUAAAAGGGCCAGUUCGUCAUGCGCUUGACGACAACACGACUGGUACUGCUCUGAAAAACAUUCAGUUCGAUCCUAAACUCAACGAAAUUGCGGAUAUUGGAACUAAUGUAGAAUUUUUGAAUGAGUCUAAAAGAACGACUAUAGCCACUACUGAAACAGGAAAUACCGUUGUUGGUAACGAGAAUGUACGACAGACUUUUUUCAACUUAGAGGAGAGCAUCAUGCCAAAGACCGCCAGAAUGCUGGUUAAAAACAAACUCUUCAAGAAGAAACGAGAGGGUGCUGAAGAAAAGAAAACAACAACACCUCUUCCUCUUACACCCCCUAUUCCUACCGCUCUAAACACCGUCGUAAAUGAACAUGCCCCAGAGCAUUAA